AUGGGCCUCCUUUCCGCCAUGAGUCGCGGAGUCAUUAACUCCAGCGCGAUGAACACGCACAGGAACGCGUCGACGUUCCGCGCGUCUCGCGCCACCCCGGUCGUCAAGGCGACGUCCGCGUUCGCGCGCGCCGAACGCUUCGGGGGAAUGCGCCCGCUUCCGGCGGCGGCGGCGACGCUCGCGCCUCGCGCGACUUUCCGCGCGCCGCGCGACUUCGCCCUCCGCGUGUACUCCGCGGAGUCCACGACCGCGGAGAUGGAAGACGAAGAACUCGACCCGUUGCUGAGCAAAGUCGACGCGCUCUUCACCGGCGCGGACGCCCUCGCCGCGGACGUGGACGAACUCUUCGACGACGACGACGAAGACGACGAAGAAGAUUACGACGACGACGACGAAGACGAGCCCGCGGCGGCGAAAAACUCGGACCCGAACCACAUCGACAACUUCCCCAUCUCCGUGUUAACCAAAGCGGCGCUUCGGAAGCGCGGGAUCGAGUCCCUCUUCCCGAUCCAGAGCGCGGUGCUCGCGCCCGCGCUCGAGGGCCGCGACAUCGUCGGCAGGGCGAGGACCGGCACGGGAAAGACGCUCGGGUUCUCGCUUCCGAUCAUCGAGUCCUUGCUCUCGAACCCGUCGGACGCGCGGAACCGCCGCCCGCGGUGCAUCGUGCUCGCGCCCACGCGCGAGCUCGCGAACCAGGUCGAGGCGGAGAUUCAGCUCACGGUGCCGUCGAUGAGGACGGUGUGCGUCUACGGAGGCGUCGCGAUCACGAAUCAAGAACGCGCGCUUCGGAACGGGGUCGACUUUGUCGUCGGCACCCCCGGGCGUCUGAUCGACCUCAUCCAGCGCGGGUCGCUUCAGCUCCAGGACAUCGAGUACUGCGUCCUGGACGAGGCGGACCAGAUGCUCGCGGUCGGGUUCGAGGAGGACGUGGAGCGGAUCAUGCAAGAGAUCCCGGAAGAGCGGCAGACGUUUUUGUUCUCCGCGACGAUGCCGUCGUGGGUGAAGCAACUCACGCGGAAGUACCUCAAAGAGCACGUCAACAUCGACCUCGUGGGGGACAGCAAGCAGAAGGUUGCAGACACGAUCGAUAUCUUGUCUUGCGCGUGCUCGCACCAGAGCAGGACCAUGAUUCUCGCGGACUUGGUCACCGUGUACGGCAAAGGCGCGAAGGCGAUUUGCUUCACGCAGACGAAGCGCGAGGCAGACGAGGUCACCGCCGCGCUCGGUCGUCGCAUGGCCACGGAGGUGCUUCACGGGGACAUCGCGCAGGCGCAGCGCGAGAGGACGUUGAAACGGUUCCGUGACAACCGUUUCAGCGUCCUCGUCGCCACCGACGUCGCCGCGCGCGGUUUAGACAUCACCGACGUCGACCUCGUCGUGCACUUCGAGCUCCCGAACGACACGGAGUCUUUCGUGCACCGCUGCGGACGCACCGGCCGCGCGAACAAGCGCGGGACCGCGAUCGCGAUGUUCACCCCGCGGGAGAACUACCGCCUCCGGACGAUCGUGCGCGAGACUGGGGUGACGUUCAAAUCGAUCAACGCGCCGACGCCCGCGGAGGUGAUGACGUCGUCCGCGGUGCAGGCGAAGCACGAGAUGUCGCUCGUGGACGACGAGCUCCUUCCGUACUUCACCCCGACCGCGGAGGCGAUCCUUGAGGAAGUCAGGGCCGCGGGCGGGAACGGGCGGUCCGAGGCGGAGACGCUCGCGGCCGCGCUCGCGGCGCUGUCCGGGCACACGGAACCGCCGCCGCCGCGCUCGUUGCUGACGUCCGACGUCGGCCUCACGACGAUGGUCGCGAAGGGGCACAUGCUUCUCCCGCGGGAUUUGCUCCGCGCGCUCUCGAUGGUGAACCGCGCCGCCGCGGACGGCGUCGGGCGCAUCCGCAUCUUGGCCGAUAACAGCGGGCUGUGCUUCGACAUGAAUCACACGAUCGUGAACGACGUCAUCGCAUCGGCGGAGGAGCUCGAGGGGAUGGAGCUCUCCGUGUGCGCGUCGCUUCCGGAGCUCGUCGAAGAGAGGGAUCGCUUCGGCGGCGGCGGCGGCGGGAGAGGCGGAUUCGGUGGCCGCGGAAGAGGUGGCGGGAGAGGUGGCGGUCGCGGCGGUCGCGGCGGUCGCGGCGGCUUCGAUCGCCGCGGCGGCGGCGGCAGGUUCCAGCGCGGCGCCGACGGGAGCUUCCAGCGCGGCGGCGGCGGCGGCGGCGGCGGCGGCGGCUGGCAAGAGCGCGGUGGCGGCGGCGGCGGCGGCGGUUACUCCGAUCGCCGACCGAGCUACAGCGGCGGCGGCGGGGACAGAGGGGGAUCCUCCUACUCUCGUGGAGGGGACAGCGGCGGGUAUCGCGGCGGCGGCGGCGGCGGCGGAUCGUACUCGUCCGGCCGCGGCGGCGGCGGCGACAGGUACGGUGGGUAUUAG